UGACACAUCAAAAUUCGAUGAAAACAGCCAGCUGAGCAUAACAGCACGCAGAUGUCGGUGCUCAGGGAUCACCCGUGAAACUAUUACCAAGAAGGACCGACAAAGUCAGAAUUAAGCUGGAUGAGUUAAGAUAACAUUAUUGCCUCCUACAGUAGCACAGCAGAGCGACAGGAAAACGGAAUCUGGUUUGAAAUUCACAGGAUAUUGCUUCAAAAGUAGCUUUAAGAGAUGGAGUUCCCAGAUUUAGGAGAGCACUGCUCUGAGAAGACCUGCAAACGUUUAGAUUUUCUGCCUAUGAGAUGUGAUGCUUGUCAAGAGAUAUUCUGCAAGGAUCACAUAACCUAUGCAAAUCACAAAUGCACAUCAUCCUACAAAAAGGAUAUCCAGGUACCAGUAUGCCCUUUGUGUAACAUCCCCAUUCCCGUCAAGAGAGGAGAGAUGCCUGACAUUAAAGUCGGUGAACACAUUGAUCGGGACUGUAAAUCCGACCCUGCACAAAGAAAGAGAAAGAUUUUUACAAAUAAAUGCUCGAAAGGAGGCUGUAAGCAGAAGGAGAUGAUAAGAGUUACCUGUGACCAGUGUCAUUUAAAUUACUGUCUUAAACACCGUCACCCACUAGACCAUGAUUGUAAGACUGAUGGGAAACCUCUGUCCAAAUCUGGACAUGCUGCUUUAACGAGGACCCAAGGUACUUCCUCCGCCUCUGCCUCUACUUCCAGUUCUUCCAGUUCAGGAAACACAAGACCUGUUUCUAAUGGUCUAAAUGCAAAUAGCAGAAGUCACAGCACUGGCUCUGCCCAGCGAAUUUCUACUUCAGUUUCAGCUCAGAAUGUUAUACCACCAUCAGCAUCAUUUCAGGCCGGCCUGACAGAAGAACAGGCUUUACAAAGAGCUUUGGAGAUGUCUUUGGCUGAUUCAAGGCAGACAGUUGCGCCAGCACUUAGCCCUCAGGAGCAGGAGGAUCUGGCUCUCGCUCAGGCUCUCGCUGCCAGUGAAGAAGAAUACAGACGCCAGCAGCAGAGACAACAGGUACCAGGAAAGCUUAUCCGUCAGUAGCAUGCUAACAAGAACGCAUGGAAGAGACUCCAAACAGUCCACCUGCAGCCUUUCUUAAUUUCAGACCACCAUUUUGGACUUCAAGCUGUGCUAAUUAUUUCCUAGAAACUGCACAUGUGAUAUGUCACUUUCUGGGAUCAGUGAUUCUUCAGUGAUCCUUCAGUGACACAUACUCGCUCUUGGAAGUUGCUGACACAUUACCGCCUUCUAUAAUAUAAGCACAUAUACUUUCCAGCAGAAUCUGUCAUUUUUACAAAUGAUUUGCUCUGUAAAUAUUUUAUAUGCCUAUCAUGAUGAAUCCAUUAUAUUAAAAUGUAUGAUUAUUGAAUAAAUUAUGUCAAAGACGCACCGUGAA